AACAAAAUUCUUUGUAUUUUGUAACAAUAUUUUGAGAGCUAAAUUCAAAGUGCAGCAAAAUGGCAGAUCCAGAUGCUCGGGAUGCCGAAACCGUACCGCCACCCAUUGGCGGGGAAAACAAUCUUAACAUGAACAAUGAGCGUUUGGAUUGCGAGAAUCUUGAUGAAAUGACUGAGCGAUUGAUCAAUCCCGAUAGGCCGGCAUUUCCAUCAGUGCUCCUUCGCUUCUUUGGAAAUAUAUUUGUUGAUUGCUUUAGGGCCAUAUUCGCCUAAAGGAACAAAUUCGUGAAGAAAUCCUGGAUAAUGCUGUGAAAAAACAACUUUGGCCGAUAUAUUUUCCAUGCUUAUAAAGCUCUUUAUAUUUAAA